CUCUGAAUCCGCCACUCCGGAUCUUUUUCUCCUCUUCGAUUCCACUACUCCGGCGAAUUUAGUCAAACCUUCUAGCCGACUUCCUAAACUGAAUCGUCGCCACCUCCUGAUGAAGAAACCAUCCUUGUUCGACUCCCUAUGAAGAAGCCACCGGAUGCAGAGGAGGAAGAAAAGCCUCGCCCGCUGGUGUUUUCAAUCCCUAAGAACCCUAAGAAGGAAAAAGAGGAAGAAGGGGAAGAGGAAGGAUUGUCAAUUCUUCGUCAAUUCCUUCGGCGACGAAGAUUUCUUCGCCGAAAUUCUUCAACGCGUUUCAAUUCAUCUCGUCGAUGUCGUCGGGAUUCGACCUAUCGAGUCUAUUCGAGAGCACUCGACGACGGCGGGAGUCGAUGUUCACUUCAAGGUGCUCGGGGGUGGCGAUUAUGGAGCGGAUGGAAGGGUUUGCGAAGGGGAUUAAUUUUAGGGUUGGGAGGGUGAAGGAUUUCAAGACGAGCUUGACGAGGGGAACAGAAGGGAGGAAAGGGAGGCUCCAGCUCGGCGAACCACAUCUGAGCUUGAUGAAAGCACUGAUUCCCUGUGCGAGACGGAGAUCUGACCGCCAGUGGUCGCCGGAGGAAGAGCUACCGACGACGGUGGAUCUGAACGCAGAAUCUGGCUUGGGAUUGAAGGGGUAGGUUAAUCCAGCUUGGGAUUGAAGAAGAGAACGAAUAAUCGAGGAAGAGAACGAUUAAUUGUGUCCCAAAAAAUAAUCCACAAAUCG